AUGAAGAGCAUGUUUCCCACUAUUCUGACCGUGGCAGAUGAUCUGAUUCGGGUUUUUGGACAAACAGCUAGUGCUGAUGGCGAUUCCAUAGAGAUCACAAAUGUGGUGGCCCGUUUCACCGCCGAUGUCAUCGGGAGUUGCGCCUUCGGCUUGGAUUGCCAUAGCUUGUCGGAUCCCAAGACGGAGUUUGUCCAAAUGGGAACAGCCGCCAUCACCGAGCGGCGCUAUGGCAAGUCCAUGGAUCUACUUCUGUUCGGAGCCCCCAAGCUGGCCGCCAAGCUGCGCAUGAAGGCGACUGUCCAGAAGGUCGAGGACUUUUACAUGAACAUCAUCCGGGACACUGUUGAUUAUCGCGUGAAGAACAAUGUGAAGAGAAACGAUUUCGUGGAUAUGUUGAUUGAAAUGAAAUUGAAAUACGAUAAUGGGGAUAAGGCAAAUGGGCUGACCUUUAAUGAAAUCGCUGCCCAGGCGUUCAUAUUCUUCUUGGCUGGGUUCGAGACCAGUUCGACCACAAUGGGAUUUGCUCUUUAUGAGCUGGCCUGCCACCAGGAUAUUCAGGAUUAACUUAGAACCGAAAUUGAU